UCCCUGCUUCUCUGGACAGAAGGUGGCCAGAUGGCUGCCAAAGAAUCCGCCCUCCGGGACGCCCUUUCCAGCAGCUUCCUCACUUGCACCCUUUGCCUGGAGCACUAUUGCCAGCCCAAGAUCUUGCCCUGCCUCCACAGCUACUGCCAGGCCUGUCUGAAGAAGCUGCUCAGGGGCUCCAAGCGGGAGUUGCGGUGCCCGGAAUGCCGCGAGCUGGUGCCUCUCCCAGCCGGCGUGGAAGGUUUGAAGACCAACUUCUUCCUCAACGGCCUCCUGGACUUGGUGCCUCCGGGGGAGAAGUCCAGGGCCACCUGCAGCCUCUGCCCGCUCAUUGGCCAAGAUGCCAGCUCCGUCGCUGUGUCUCACUGCAUCGAUUGUGCCGACCACCUGUGCCAGGCCUGUGCCCGUGGGCACCGUUGCUCCCGGCUUACCCACGGCCACCUGGUGGUAGACCUGGAGGCGUACUGCUCUGGGAGGUACAAUGAGGAGGUCCGGAAGCGCCAGGCUUCCCGCUGCAGAGAGCACCGGGACGAGGCCCUGCAGUAUUUCUGCCUCCCCUGCGCCGCUGCCCUCUGCCGGGAGUGCCGCCUGGGCCCUCACCUAGAGCACCUGUGCCUGCCCCUGUCGGAGGCCGCCCAAGCCCGCCGUCCCGUCAUCACCGGCCUCUUGGCUGGGGUGGAGGAGAAGCUGCAGCUCAUCGCCAAGGGAAAAGUCGAGCUAGCGGAGGAGGUGAAGGAGAUGGAGGUGUACAACAGGAACAUCCGGCGCGUGGCGGAGCAGAUGUGUGCCAAGGCUGUGGAGCAGCUGCUCAGCCACAAGGCAACGGUCCUGGACCAGCUCUCCGGCUACCUGGAGGAGCGGAAGGAGGCCUCGGGGCGGCUGCUUUCGGAGCUGGGCUCCCAGGAGCAGGUGGCCUGCGGCACGGUGGCCUUCGUCCAGAAGGUGCUGAGCCUGGGCCAAGAGGAGGAGAUCGUCUCCUUGGAGCAGAUGAUCUCGGAGAGGCUGAGGCAGCUCCAGGGCUCCUCCUGGGAGACCCUCGCGCUGCCGGUCCCCAAGCUCCGCAUCCAGCCAGAGCUCCUUUGCGGCUCCAACCUCUUCCACCUGGAGUUCCACCCGAGGGCACCCCCAGAGGGCAACAUGGGGACCGCCGCCAAACUGGCGAAGAAGAAGAAAGCAAGGCCGAAGCCCGUGGGAGGGGAAGGGGGGGAGGCCUCCAGGCAGGGAAGGGCCCCAAAUGGGCCAGAGGUGCCCCCCCGCUUGGUCCCAAAGCCGACCUUUUUCUGCAGCUUCUGCGCAAAAGUCCCAGCGGACAAGAAGCAGCCGCAAGUCACGGGCUUGUGCCCGCUUGGCUCCAGCGAAAUCCUCCUGGCCGACGAGCAGAACAAGAAACUGAAGCGCUUCUCCCUGCAGGGCGAGUUCAAGGGCACGGUCCCGGUGCCCAAAAACGUGGCCCCCUUCAGCGUGGCUGCCGUGGGCAACAAGGUGGUCUUCACCGCUGGAGCUCAGCUCUACGCCUUAAACGAAACUGGGGGAGUGGUGUGGCAAAAGGCCCUCAAGGAGGGCCAGGCCAGCCACGCCCUGACCACCUGUGACAGGGACUGCGUGGCGGUGUCUGUGGCAGGACACCUGGAGGUCUUCAACCUGAAAGGGCAGUUCCUGGAGAGGAUCGUGCCGGAGGGCUCCCAUGACCGCUCCCUGGCCUUCCUGGGCAGGUGGAAAGAGGGCUUCGUGGCCUCCGACGGGUACCAGCGCAGUGUGGUGCUGCUCUCCCGGGGCGGGGAGCUGGUGGCCGAAUACCAGGAAGGGCAGCUGAGGGACUCUCCGCCGGGCAGCGUCUGCGUUGAUGCCCCCGGCAUCGUCUACGUGGUGCUUCAGGAGCUGAACCAGGUGGUGGCCUUUUCGGAGGCCGGGGAGGAGCUGGGACCUUUCCUCACCGCAAAGAACAGCAUCUUCCAGCCACGCGUGGCCGCCGUUGCCGGGGAGGGGCAUUUUGUGGUCGCUCUCAGCAACGGCACCGUCCACGUCUUUAAGGUCAAGUACCAGGGCAAGUGAGCGGGGAGCUCGGCCUCCGGUGGGAGCAGAAACUC